UGCUGCAGGUCAAAGGUCACUAAACUGCUUCUUGAUCUUCUUCAGCUAGCUGUCGUUGUCUUUAGCUAUAUAGCUCGCGCUCAAGUACAUCCCUUCACACUGUAAAAAAUGACUGAAUAUUGGGUAUCCAAUCCAAGGAAGUUCUGUGAAGUAUGCAAAUGCUGGUUUGGAGACAACGAAGCUAGUGUGAGUUUCCACGAGCAGGGCCGUCGCCACAAAGCAAAUGUGCAACGUCAGCUCAAAGAGUCCAGAAGCAAUGCCAGCGAGGCAGCAAAAGACAAGAAGAAGACUGAGGCGAUCCUAGCAUCAAUAGAACAUGCAGCCAUUUCUGCCUAUCAUAAAGACCUUACGGUAUCAGACAGUGGCACUUCAGCAAAUAGAACGAUUCAACUAGCGACUGAUGAAGAAGAAGAACAUGCGAGGAAAGUUCUCGAAAUAGCGUCCACCAUUGCUGCAGAGAAAAAUAGAGAGGUUGAGAAAAUUACAAUCCAAGAGAACAUAACAAAGAAGGUUGGUCAACUGAAGGCAGAGUCGAUGGCAUGGCAACCACUCAUCUCACCGCAGGGAUACACUUACUACUACAACUCAAUCACUGGAGUGACACAAUGGGAGGCUCCUGCUGGAUACACCCCACUCACUCAAUCGUACUCCUACCCUACCCCCACGGCUACGACCUCUCAGACCCCAACCACUCAAGACCCAAUACACUAUCCGACCAAUCCAGGGGCGGAGUCUAACGAACACAAGAGAUCUGCCUCACCAGACACAAAUGAAGAUGGCCCCUCUAGUCCAAAGAGAAUCAGACGCUCUGGGCCUUAUGGGGGAUGGGAGACAGUUGCUGAGUAUGAAUAUGUGGAGCCAGUAGCUGAGAGCACACCUCAAGAAGCUGUGCCCGAGGAGACCAAAAAAGAGAUUAUAGAAUUUGAGGAGAAGACGCUACCAGUUACCGAGACAGUCGAGGCUGAGGAUAGCGAAUACAGCGGUGGAUUCAAGAAGUUUUCAUUCAAGAAGAGAGGGGGGAGUGGCAGAGCACGGAUUAGACAGAGAACUACUGAACAAGACGUAACUAGCUAGUUUCUUUUGGCAUAAUAACCUUCUCUUUUUGUAAAUUCAUAAUACCAAAUACGCGCUUGAUAAAUAUAUAAUAUAUAUUUUAAUAAUAUAUAUUUUAUUAAUAAUAUUAUAUAUUUUGUUGUGUGGUUACCCGUCAUAUUUCAUUUUCAAGAUAGUAAUUAAUGAAUACAUGUA